UAUGUCUUGGGGGAAUGAGAAACCCCUACACAGGGCUCUAUGUCCCCUCGCCCUCUCCAGUCAAGGCCACCACAAGCCAAGGGAGGUCUGGGCGUGAGAGGUGAGACCCCGUGCUCCCCCUGCCCUGGGGGGAGGAAGGGGGUGCCCUGCCACCCUGAGAACAAUGGUGUGUGCAGAAGAGAAGGGACUGAAACUCUUUGAAGAUGUUCCAGGAUUUAGCACCCAGGGAGCGGCGGAGACUCAGCCCCACCAGCCUCCGGCACGGAGGGAGGAAAGCGUUCCCCAGGCUGCUCAGGAGAACGUUUGUUGCUGUAGUGGGCAGUCGCCUCUCAACCGGGGACAGUCACCCCCCCGCCCGGGGACAGUCACCCUCCCGGAAUGGGGCUUCCUUUCUCGGGGCUGGGAAUCACCCUGGAUCCCUCCCCACUCGGGGUGCUCUUGGGCCAUCUGAGGGCUCCUGGGUCAUUCUUGGGCCUUCUCAGGGUUCCUGGGUCAUUCUUGGGCCAUCUGAGGGUUCCUGAGCCCAAUGACACUUCUGCCUAGGCUCGCGCUGCGGGAAGAAGAAGCCAGGCGAGGUCCCCUCCGUGCCCCGGUGCAGCCUGGCGUGGGAGAGAGGAGCCCCCAGCGACACCGAGAGCCAAGACAGGGCAGAGUUUCUCAGAGGUGGCACCCGGCCAGGGAGCCCCUCGCAGCUACAGGGUUUCUCCACGGACUCGGCCAUCUGGGGAGAGCAGCCCAGAGCCCUCGGGCCUCCUGCCGUAUUCUGUGGCCUGGGACUUGGGGGGACCUGAGGACACUGGGAUGCAGCCAAAGGGAGGUGCAGACAGUGUGUACUGGCGUUUCCGGGGACCAAGCCCAGAAGGAGCAGGACGGCCACCUCCUGGCCUGGAGGAAAAUCCUGCUUCCUGGCAAGAAAACCACCCCUAGAGGAAUAGGACUGGGGUGCAGGACGCUUUCUCAGGCAACCGCCCCUUUCCUUCUCCAAAACUGGGGCAGGAAAAGAGCAUUCAGGCCAGGCAGCAAAAACCCCAGCUCUGGUCCCUCCCGCCCCAGCAGAGGCCGCCUGGAGGCACGGAGUUCCGGCCUGGAUGAGGCCUGGGAAGCCCAGCGACUCACAGGCCACGGCCGCUUCCCCUCUCCGAGGAAGGAAAAGUCCCUGCAGAGCGGCCUCGGCUAAGGCUCUGGUGCCCAAGCAAAGGAAGGGAGCGUGCUUGCAGACGCCUCCUGCUGGGAGCCUGCCACGCCCGCCACACCCUGCGCGGGGACAAAGCUCUCCGUGGCUGUGGCAGGGACACACCGCGUGUGGGUGGCUGCAAGCCAGCAGCCCCGAGCGGCCCCUCCCGCUAGACUCCCAGCCUGGGCCCUCUGUCCUCCAGGCAACGAGAACAUGGAUGCCUCGCUUUUCAGAGACUCGCGUUCUUGGAACUUACACCCUCUUGGGUUUGCUAUUUUUACCCACCCUGAGCCUUCCGGUCUCCAUGGCGACGCCUCCAAACAGCAGAUUCCAGGCGGCAAUGACGUCAUCUCUCCCUUUCCUGCCGCCCAGGCCUUGGAGAGAUCCAAGGCCUGUGGGCCACGGCUGCGCCUCUCCUGACUCCAGCUUGCACGUCUGUCCUUGGGGGCAGCGUCCUUCCUUCUCUCGGCCCCUUGGAGCAGCUCUGCAGGAGCCCCACAGCAGCUCAGUGGAUUGAACGCAAAAGACAGCCACCCUCCUGCUCCGGAUCCUGGGAGGAGGCUACAGGCUGGCGCUGAGACAGCAACCUACCUGGCCUGGGAAGCCCCCUGCAGCCCCUACAUCAGUAGCUUUCUCUUGGCACAGUGGCUCACGCCUGUAAUCCCAGCACUUUGGGAGGCUGAGGUGGGCGGAUCACGAGGUCAGGAGAUCGAGACCAACCUGGCUAACAUGGUGAAACCCUGUCGCUACUAAAAAUACAAAAAAACAAAUUAGCUGGGCGUGGUGGCGGGCGCCUGUAGUCCCAGCUAGUCGGGAGGCUGAGGCAGGAGAAUGGUGUGAACCUGGGAGGUGGAGCUUGCAGUGAGCCGAGAUCACACUACUGCACUCCAGCCUGGGCAACAAAGCAAGACUCUGUCUCAGAAAAAAAAAAAAAAAAAGCAGCAGCUUGCUCUCGGCCAGGCACGGUGGCUCAUGUCUGUAAUCCCUGUACUUUGGGAGGCCGAGGCAGGUGGAUCACCUGAGGUCAGGAGUUUGAGACCAGCCUGGCCAACAUGAUGAAACCCUGUCUCUAAUAAAAAUAUGAAAAAAUUGGCCGGGCACGGUGGCUCACGCCUGUAAUCCCAGCACUUUGGGAGGCUGAGGCAGGCGGAUCACAAGGCCAGGAGAUGGAGACCAUCCUGGCUAACACAGUGAAACCCCGUCUGUAUUAAAAAUACAACAAAAAUUAGCCGGGCGUGGUGGCGGGUGCCUGUAGUCCCAGCUACUGCGGAGGCUGAGGCAGGAGAAUGGCGUGAACCUGGGAGGCGGAACUUGUAGUGAGCCCAGAUCACGCCACUGCACUUCAGCCUGGGCAACAGAGCAAGACUCGGUCUCAAAAAAAAAAAAAAUAUAUAUAUAUAUAUAUAUA